CGAUUCUGAUUCCAAGGAAUGCUGACCUCCUCCACAUUUUUUUUCUUGUUUACCACAAGUUCAAACGCAAAUUUAUUUGCCAAGUAAAUAAAAAAUGCCGCUAAUUAUUAUCACAGGUCUGCCAAAUAGUGGAAAAACUACUCGAGGAAUAGAAUUGCAAAAUUAUUUCGAAAAUGUUUAUAAUAAAAAAGUUAAAGUAAUAAGUGAGCUAGAGACAAUUGUCAAAGCGGGUUAUGAUAAAAAUACAUUUUUUGCAGAUUCAAAAAAAGAGAAGGCAAUUCGUAAUGACAUAAGAUCCAGUACGCAGCAUCAAUUAAAUUCAAAAGAUAUUUUAAUUAUUGACGGGAGUAAUUACAUCAAAGGAUAUCGUUACGAACUGUAUUGUUUAUCUAAGUCAUUUAAAACACCUCAGUGCACUAUUUACUGUGACAUUCCUGUAGAAAGAGCCUGGUUAUUAAACCAACAGCGACCGGAUUCUUAUAAAUAUUCACAGAAAAUUUUUGACGCACUUGUUAUGAGAUAUGAAAUGCCUGAUAAUAAAAAUAGAUGGGACUCUCCAUUAUUUUCAGUGACUAUGGAUGACAGAUUGCAAUUCGAUGAUAUAUAUCAUUCACUAUAUCUCGUUAAAGCUCCUAAGCCAAAUAUGAGUACUCAGACUCCACAAGUUUCAUCAACUAAUUAUUUAUAUGAACUUGAUAGAAUAUCGCAGGAAAUCAUAAACGAAAUAAUAGCGGCUGAAAAGUUGGGUAUCACACAUGAUAUAAAAUUAUCAGGACAUAAUUUAUCAGUCGACCGCGGAGCAAAUGCCGCCCAAUUAAAUCGUCUGAGGAGGCAGUUUCUUGCGUACAGCAAAAUGCUGCACGUUGAAGUAAACCAAAUCCCUCUAUUAUUUGUUAAAUAUCUAAACACAAAUAUAUGAACUACAAUCGUUAUUACUAAGGACAAGAUUUUUGCCUUAUUUUCGAAAUGAGUAGUUCAAAUUUUUGAUAUUACGGGGAAAAUAUCGGUCUUGGUAAAAAAGUUUUCAAACAAAAGUUGUAGGAAAUUUAAUUUUCUAAAAAAAAUGUCUCUUAUAAUUUUUUCUUAGGACUAAUAAGAAAUCCGUAAUAUGAAAAUUAAGAUUCAUAAUGAAUGAUUCAAAAUUUGGGGAAUUAUGAAAAUGUUAAUUUUGAAAUUACGGAUUUCUUAUUAGUCCUAAGGAAAAAUUAUAAGAGACAUUUUUUUUAGAAAAUUAAAUUUCCCACAACUUUUGUUUGAAAACUUUUUUCAUAAGACCAAUAUUUUCGCCGUAAUAUAAAAAAUUUCACACUAAUUAUUAAUUAUUUUUAAAUUAACGCAAAAAUCCG